AUGCAGUCCGGAACGGCCGUUAUAAGACGGAACAUUCAAGUCCGCAACGAUGACGACGAUGAUGAUGAAGACGAGCAGGGUUGGAAGUGUGCCCUCUCUAAGGGUAUGCGGCGACGUCUCAAACGAGCCGGUCUAACCUCUCCACCGCGAAUCCGCCUGCGAGACCAACUGGCUUCACGCCGUCCUCUCCAUCGCACGCUAAUUGCGCUGCCCGAUGACACACCAGAAGCUCUAGAAAAGAAGUUUUCCAUUGCAUUGGACCACUUUGAACGUUCCUCCUCCUCCGGUAGGCAGUUUGUGACUGCUGUGCUCACCCAGUUGGACAGGGUCUUUACGUCUUUGCGCCUUGGCCUCCCACAGCUCCCUGACCCCGGUGCUCCCAUCUUCUGCCUCUGUCUGGGCCUCGGAAACCCGGCGGUGGAUCGAUCAAGCCUCCGCCAAUUGGCUUUUCUGACUGCCCUGGUGAAGAACUCAACCCUGUUCCAGCCCUCUAAGACGUACUUCUACGAUCCUCUGCUGCGCCAUACGUCGCGAGAAUUUAUUCGUCGACUUGGGUUCCGCGUAAGUCGGAGUGUACACUAGUAACUGUGAUAAAACAGCCUUUUGGUGUGUGUUUUGGCAGAUUUUAAAUAUUUUUAAGGUUAAAGGAUACCAUUCUAGCAGCAAAGGUACUCGCCAAAAGCCCACACACGCGUGUUUCGCCGAUAUUCUGCCGCUGCAUGGCACAGCAGUGAGGGGUUCGGCCUGUCAGUGGGUCCCCCAGCAUUUCCCGUCUGCUUUCUGUUAGAUACUCCAGUUUACAUUUUGUGGCUUUUUAGUCGCCUUAGAAACUAACCGCGAACUCUGAGUAGGUCGGUAUAUUCUAAGAUCUAUAGGCACAGACCGGAAUUUUAUGUAUGAAUACUUGGGCUGAAGUCCAUUAGCCACAGCGGGAUGUCCGCGUAAUGUUUCUUAACUGCCGACAGGUGGAAAGUAUAUUUUAAGGUUACAGGAUACCAUACUACUUCGGUCUGCGCCCAUUGAUCCUAGAAUAUGCUCAUCUACUCCAACUUAAAUAAUUUAUUUUGACCCAAACAUGAAAAACUCGGCUGUCUCGCUGACAUUCGAACCCAAGACAGCAAGGGGAAGGCCUGAGUACGACCAACGCUCUAGCCACGUGACCUACGAGGCCUCACUGGGAACCGUGAUUUUGAUCACGUUUGGGUAGAGCUCCAGCCUUCCCUUUGGUGUCGCGGGGUCGAAUCCCACAGAGACUGCGGAGUUUUUCACAGUUUGAUCAACCUUUGUCAUAGACAUUCUUGUGUGUGAAAAACAUUUUCGGGUAAACUUCGUUAUUGUCGUUGGAAAUUAUGCCGCAUCAAGUCUGAGAGGGAAACCUUGUCUACGCCAUGGCGACUUUUUCACGGCAAACCCACUAAGUGAUCGGAAGAAGAAGCGAUCGCUGGAACAAGGGUUUUUUGCCUGACGUUUCGGAUUCUCACUUGAAUCCAUCAUCAGAGACAGUGGCAGAAAAGGGUGACUCGUGCACAGGAAGCUGCAGUAUUUAUAGGAUGCAGUCGCUAUGCUACCGCAUACCUAUAGCAAUUGACCGCGCUCCCCGUCAUCAAGGAUUGUUGCCCGCUGGUGCGCUAAUUGCUUGAUGGCCGGCAUGCAAGUUGCUAAUUGCUGAAAUCUCAUCGCCCGUGUGUUGGAUGCUGGCAUGAUGAUGGCUCGACCAUCUGGCUCACCGGCUUGUGCGCUCCCCGAGUGGCCAAUUACUUUGGCCAGCCUAUGCCUCAGCACGGAAUGUGGAGUUGGGAUGUCGUUGCACUUGUUGGUAGACUGAGAUCCCGUGAACCAUGACUCAAGCAGCUCACGGCUCACGCGAUUAUCCCCUCUCGCGAGAAUUUCGACCUCAUCGAACUUGAAUGUGUGGCCGGGUGUUGUCGAAUGGGCCGCGACCUGAGAGUUGUCGUCAUUUCUCCGUACCGCUGCCACGUGUUUGGCAAUUGGCGUCUGGAACAGUCUUCCAGUUUCUCCGACGUAGUUGCAUUGUCCGCAACUGCACCAGAUCCGGUAAACGACUCCAGAGGUUUUUGCCGUGGUAGUGGGUCUUUUGGUCUCAUCACCUGACGCCUCAUGGUGGCCUCCGGUGGCCUCAAGUGAGAAUCCGAAACGUCAGGCGAAUAAAGCCCUUGUUCCAGCGAUCGGUUCUUCUUCCGAUCAACUAGUUCCUGGAACUCGCAUCGCCGUUUGUAUCGACAAACCCACUAAGUGUUUGACCUUGUAACGAAUUGCCAUUCAUCCCCGCAGCUCAUGCUUAGACAUAAGGCUUCUGAUGCAUCUCUUCAAGUUUUGCUUUAAAGUGGAAAAAUAGUUGACGCUGACAAAGUACUCUGAAUUUACGAAUAUUUUGUAGUAUCCUCGACGCCCAGUGUUUGCCUUCUGUUCUCUCCUCCGUCAUCACUUAGAUCCUCUCCUCAAAUACGGAAGGCAAGUACGUCCUUCCCCAGUCGCAUUUCACCCUUGCCUUCCUACCACACUGCCCACUGGCAUUGGCCGAGAGUCUUCUCGCCGCAAACUGGUCUUCUCACAGUCUCCAGCGUCUCGUCUGCUACACCUGUUCCCUUGUCCCAAAAUCCACGGCAGACGCACACCUGCUAGUGCGCCUCAAUCGGUUGCGAAGUCUACUCACAUCUGUGAAGCCAGCCUGUGCCACCGAGCAAGACUUUGAGGGCAUGCGGAUCGAAUACUUCGACCCUGAUGGCCUCGCCUCCCUGCCUGACACUGUGUGGGAUCCGACUCGGUUGGUCCGGUCGCCUGAUCCCAUGCUCCCAUCACUGAAGCCUGACGUGCUGACGACUACCUGCGUUUCUGCCUUCGUUGACCCACUGCAAGCAGGAGAGGAGACCUUUGCCAGCAUCACCUGA